AUGGGGCGUCCCUUUCGUAUUGUGCAGAGGUUAAGUGAGAAGGUGCUUAACCCGGAGGCGAAAAGCUCGAAGAAAAGCAGCAAGAAAGCUAAGGAUGUGUACUCCUACAUUGUGGUUGUUGAAAACAUUGAAGCUUUACCAAUGUUUGCCAGGUAUGUCGUUGUGAAGCGUACCUUUUUCAAGAUAGACGAGGUGUUGUUGGCUCAUCGGGAGCCUGAGAUUUUGAAUCGCGUUCGCGAUAAGGGAAUCCUGCACGUGUUCCACAGUGAAGUAACACGGAAUGAUGGGCGUUUGGGAACAACCGUGGCGAUGGAGUACUGCCCCGGAAGUUUGGAACAGCGCCUGCAGCAGGAGACUCGGAUGUUAGAAAGUGAAGUGGUACAAGUGUUGCUAGCGCUGGCUAGUGUGUUGGGUUACUUGCACUCUAGGCAGCCCCCGGUUGCACACCGUAACAUUAAUCCAAGCAAUGUGUUAAUUCACUCGGAGUCGGCAGGAGCGAGCGCAUACCGCCUCUACAACUUUAGAAGUGCCAUGACGGAGGCGUACCACUGCGAGAACCACGAGGAGGUAGUGGCGGCCAUGGAAGACUUUGCCCGCUACACCACGGCAGGGUACCGGGCGCCUGAAAUGUUAGACCCAAGUAGUCACAAGCGUAUUGAUGAACAGGUAGAUAUGUGGGCUCUUGGUGUGCUGCUGUACUACACAAUGUACCAGCGCCUGCCCUUCACGGAUGCAUGCUGGGGGCUGGCAAGAAAACCCAAGUUACGCUACCCCGUGGAAGCUGAAGUGUGGUACACGGGCUCACUACGCAUCGUGCUUGAGCAUCUUCUUGAACCAGAUCCGGAGAAGAGGUGGGAUGCGUUUGCUCUCAUCAACUUCAUGCGUUUCGACAAUGACCUAUGCAGACACAUUGGACCCUUCUGCUUCUCGCAGACUGAGCGGCCCGAGGGAUGGGAACCGCAGGACGUGAAGGUAAUUGGCCGCCCAGUUCCAGCCAAAGUUCUCCCGGAGAGGUUGCGAAAUACUGGCCAGUCCGACGAUCCGGCUGCUGCAGCGCGUGACAACAGGGACGAAGCGGCUGCCACCUCCGUCAAGAGCCGCACAGCGGCACAGGAGUCUGGAGAUAAUGAUCAAAUGGUUCUCAAGGCAGUAACUGCGCUGAGUUCAGAUACCGCUUCCACAGAUCCCGAGGUGCUAGCCUACCGUGAAAAGCUCAUUCGUGAACAGGAGGAGGCAUGGCAAGUGGCAGAAAGCGCACACAAAAAGCGGGAUAAGGAAGACAAGGAUGGGGCGACCUCUGGACCGGCAGAUGUUGAUUCAUUGUUUGGUCCAACUGAAAAGAAGGAAGCUGUCAAGGAAAACAAGGCAUCUGCUAUUGACGACUUAUUUGGUGGCAUGGAGACACAACCAUCACAGUCUCAAAAACCAACAACGGAUGACCUCUUUGGAGGCGCCUCUACAGCUACUGCGAGCAACCAAAUCCCACCCCAGGGGUCCCAAGUUGGAGCUAACGACAGUUGGAAGGAUGAUCUCUUCGCUGCGCCACCUCAGCAACCACAAAUGCAACCUCAACCGGCCUUUCCAAUGGCAGCUGACAGUAGUUGGAGCACCGGAGCACCAACAUCGGUGCCAAUGAAUCCAACCGGCGGCAUGAUGGGUCAACAACAGGCCCCCAUGGGAUGGGGAAAUGGAGUAACAGCUCCGGGUUUCCAACCAAUGCAAACUCCACAAAUGCAACAACAAGUUCCUGGUGGAUGGGGAAAUGGAGCAACAGCUUCGGGUUUCCAACCAAUGCAAACUCCACAAAUGCAACAACAAGUUCCUGGUGGAUGGGGAAAUGGAGCAACAGCUCCGAGUUUCCAACCAAUGCAAACUCCACAAAUGCAACAACAAGUUCCUGGUGGAUGGGGAAAUGGAGCAACAGCUCCGGGUUUCCAACCAAUGCAAACUCCACAAAUGCAACAACAAGUUCCUGGUGGUGCCCCCGGUUUCAUGGGCGGAAACGACCUAUUCCAAAGGCCACAGCAGCAACAGCCACAGCAACCAGAGAAGGACCCCUUCGCCAGUCUCUUCAAGUAA